AUUUACUGUUUUUACUAGGGAGAUAUAAUUAUGUACCAAUGCUAUGUGUUUGAGUUUGACUCAGUCUUUUCAUGAAAAUUUGUACUUAAAAUUAUGAGUCCAUAUCAAGCAUUUCUUUAAACUGGAUUUUUCCAUAAAAAUUCUUCAUAACAUAGACGCAAAAGUAUGGAUUAAGCAAGUAUUGAAAUUCCGUACCGUACUAGCGGUUCAACCAGAAAAACCUUCUACCGGAGGCUAAACCGGUAGACGGUAUUUAGCGGUAUGAAGCAAUUGAGCCAUACUUAAACCACGAUUUUAGAAUCAAAUAUCCUACCGCUAUAAUUUCCGGAGAACUUUCGGUACGGUAUUUCCAUCCUUGGGUUAAGCAGGAGAUAUUCGGGUUUAGAAUGUCAAGUUUAAACUAUAUCCAAUAUUUUUUCCCCGGUAAUUAACUAUAUCCAAUAUUACGGUAUUUCCAUCCUUGGGUUAAGCAGGAGAUAUUCGGGUUUAGAAUGUCAAGUUUAAACUAUAUCCAAUAUUUUCCUCCGGUAAUUAACUAUAUCCAAUAUUACCUAGGAGAUCAAGAUGUCUUUUUUGUGUAAAAUAAAUUACUCAUCCCCAAAUUUUUUUAUGUUUAAAAUGCUCCUUCCAAAUGAUCCGUUCAUGGGCAAAAGCUAUUGCAUACAAUUAGAGGUGACAAACCAAUAACUAAGCAUAUUUGACUGAACCAAGCAUUUUAUGUCGAAUCUAGUCAAAUUAAGUUACAAACAGAUAACUAGUAAAAAAAACUUCUGACCGUUGACAGUCAAGGUCUUGUAACCCAUGUUUUGUUUUUGGCCCUUUUGUCAUUUUGAUGAGGUGGGCAUGUAAUUAUUGGUGGGACUUGGGCAUUGAUUACAAUAUUAACAGAAUGCUGACCACAGUGAGCGAUAUCUACUAUAUAUUUUCUCCAUCAUUUCAUUGCAUUGCCUGCUACUUCAGCCAUCUCAUUGAUUUCAGACACCACUUAGAGGAAUUAACCGCAAUCGCAAUCGCCUAAUGAAUUCUCCCUUUAGAAUUGAUUUCUGACUGACAUCAUGAAAAUUGAAAUGGUGUGUGCCGGUGGGAACAGCGAGUUGCCUACAAAAUCCAAACUUCAUGAUUCAAUCAUCCCCACCCCCGACCUCUCUUCUCUCCCCCUGAUUAGCUCCUUUUUGUUCACUAGCUUUUGAGCAAUCUUUACAAAUCAACAAAAAUUUCAUGCUAAAGCUUACGUGUUAAAGGAGAAAAGACACAAGGAUAACUCGUUCCUCCAGUCACAACUUCAGGUUUAAUCUCCUUUUAACCCAACCGUAAGUACAUUAUCUUAAUUUCUAAUAACCUCAAUCGGCUAGGAAUUUUUUUUUUUUUUUUUUGCCUGGAAGUGAGAAUUUGGUGGUACCCAUGCAUUGUUGAAAAUUUUGAGUGACCUACAGAUUUUGGUAAUAUACCAUACCAUGUGCUAUGGAAUGACACAAGAGGUACCCACUCUAGCAACCUGCUACCCCGUCGUUGAUCGUCCUCGUAUCGCCAGUUCGGUCGUUGAUAAUAUCAAACUUGGUGUUAUUUACCCUACAUAUCUAGGUGUGUUUUGUGCCAAUUCAUACGUUUAAAUGCUUGAACAUCGUCAAAUACAUCCCUAUUGCGUUCCUAUUUGAUUUUGAUAUGAUUUUACGAUGUAUUAGUCGAUAUGUGCGAAUUAGGUACAAAACAAGGUCACAAGUGUGGAGAAGGGGCAGGAAUUGAAGAUCGUGGCCUAGAAGCCGAAGAUUACGAUCGUGAUCACAAGCCGCAAAGAGUAGCUGAAGUUUGCGGCCUAGAAGCCAUAGAUAACGAAUGCGAACUUGGAGGCCUAGGGCGCGAACUUCGCAGGGAAGGAGCUUUGGAGAAACAGAGAGUCUCCACAGUCAAGUCAUGGUCAACGUUCAUCUUGCCCGCGAGGAAGAUCGUGGCCACGACUCGCGGAUCGCGACCACGAAUUCACCCUGCGAUCUUCCCCGUCCCAAAGGCCUCGACGACUACGUUUUGAGAUCACGACCUAGAGACCAAAGAUCCCGCCUGCGAUCUCCCUUUCUCAGGCCGCGAACUUUCCCCAGUAUAGCAUGCCUAUAAAUAAAGACUCAUUUCCCUUUUUGAAGUGAGUUGAUUUUGAGAGAAACUUUCUGGUUCUAGAGAGAGAGAAGAGAGAGAAGCUGAAGGUAGGAGAAGAGAAGGAGAAGAAGAAGGCGUUAGGAGCAAGGAGGCAUCUUCUCCAACCCCAAGUCUUCUUAUAUUUCUACCAUGUAUCUUCUCCCCUCCGUUAUGGAGUAGUCCUCUAAGGUACUAGGGGUUCUAAACCCCAAACCCUAAAAUUAGGGUUUACUAUGUAUAUAUGGAUAUUUUAGGAUUUGAAUGAAUGAAUGUGUUAGUCUAGUUGAUUUUAAUGCCACUCUUUCCUAAAUGAUGACGCUUGGGUAAUUUUCCCUAAUCUUCCCACUUAGCCUAUUUUAUGCUACUGCGCUGGGUACGAAGUUCUAGGGUUAGAUGGGUAUGUGCCAUCUGGCGAGUUUAGGUUAGAUGUGUGAAUGGGGGACUAUAGGGGUCGAGGAAACCGAACCCCUGCUAUAGGUAUCCUUCCAAGAUGAAAUCCAGGAUGAAACCUUGGUGUGGACGGUGGAUAGUUUCUAUUGAAAUGAGCCAUAAGCUUAAUGCCCCAGAUACCAUAGCCUAGAUCGAGGUUGUUAGUUAGUCUUUCCCUCGCUUUAUUUGUUUUGUGUUGUUUUUGUGUUUGUUUUUGUGUGUUUGUUUCGUGUUUUGUUCUUUUUGUAUUUUUAUCAUUGUUUGUUUUGUUAUCCAACUUCGUACGUCACGAGUUGUUGAGGUUGUGUUUUGUAGCACCGUGAUACCACUAAAUUUGCACAUGUUUUUACCCCUCAUUUCUUGAUUGUUUAGCUUGUUGUUUAUCAUAAUUUGGUCUAUUUUAUGUUAGGUUGUGUUCCUUUGUCAUAUUUUCAGGUCCUAGCAUGUAAAGUGAAGCAUAGGCGCAAGUUUCAAGUCAAUCGGAUAUCAAUUGGCGACUUGGGGGAAGAAUCGGGUAUGACCCAAGGAAGAAUGGAUUUCUACCUCAUUUAAUGGACAAAGAAUCAUAUAAUCUAGACAUGUAAAGAAAUAGGACGAGACUACGAGCGUCUAGGAUCAAACAGCGACUGAUUCAGAGUUCGGACGAGAGAGAAAGGACCGAAAGACCGCAGCCUAUCCAAAGUUACGGGCUGGUCUUCAAAGUUCGGUUCAGACCGUAACUUUUCCAUUUUGGCCGUAACUUUUGCCCCGGGAAGCAGAAUAAUUUCCAAAGUUACAGGCUGCUUUCAAAGUUACGGGAUGGUCGUAACUUUGCCCUUAACUUGGCCUCUAGGAGCUGUAUAAAUGCGUUUUUGCAGAUUUUGAAGAGGGGGAGCUUGAUUUUGAAUGCCAAACACCCAAGGGACGAACCCUAUAGAGAAAGAGCACAUUGGGAUCAUUAUUGGAGCUAUUUUGGAGGAUUUAUUCACCAUUGGUGCUCGAGAAUCAAACUUGGAGAUGGAUAUUGAAGAUCUAGAUCGAAUUUCCGCAUUCUCUCUCUUCUUUAUGGAGUAACUUCCCUUCACUUAGGUUUUGAGGAACCCUAGAUUUGUAUGCUAGGAAGAGUUGUAUGAACUUGAAUUCAUGAUUGUUUGACAUUUUAUAUUCAGUUGAGGCAUUGAUUCAGAAUUACUUGAGUCCUGAUCAAACUUUUGUGAUUCCUGCUUUAACCUAGAACGAUAGUCUCUCCAUAGGUUAAUAGAGCAACCUUAAUUGG